CCCUCCCCUCCAAUAGGAGAUUUGCACUUGACCAGCCCCCCCAUGCACUUUACAUAAAUAGCUCCCACUUCUUGCACGUUCCCAUUUCUCUCAGCCAACCAACCAAGCAGACAUGGCGUCCACGCAGCAGCAAGAGAUCGGCAUUUCAUCGUCUGCCACAAGCACCCCCGCAACAUGCGUGGAGUGCCGUGGAAAAUGUGAUACCUGCGGUGGCCUGAUGGCAUACAGGAGGGCGAGGAGGAGGUACCGGGCCAGGGGCGAGCCCCGGCCCAGCGGCAGCGGUGGUGCGCCCGGGCCUGCGAGGUGCACCAUUCAUAGGAGGAAAAAAAGAGCCCUGCGGGACCAGGAGCUGCUCCGAAACAACGAGCAAUACACGUGGGGGGGCAACAAACCCGGGGGAACCUGCAUUUUGUGUGGCCAGCCUCGGACUUUGGCGGGGGGGCAUGCCUUUUACAGAGGCUAUUACUUUUGCCCACACAAUGAGGAUUUAUGCAGGGAGGAAGGCACGGAGAGGGUUUCGGCAUCGGAAUGGCUGCAAAAGCAGUCGUCUGCGAUCCCGCAACCAACUCCCCGUACCACCACGUGGCGGCAACGCAGAAGCCAGACCACGGAGGAAGAGCUGGAAGGCCGCAAAGUGCGAACGUGCGGAAAGUGUGGCCUCCCACAACAGGCAGUCUACGGUCACAGUUCUUUUAUGACCAAAGUGCCCAACAGGUCACUUGUCACAUUCUGCACGCUCCAUUCAGGGAAACCCUUGGCCCUGUGGCUGGCGGAGAUGCGGGCGAGGGAAAAUCAACCUCAGCAGCAACCUCAGCAGCAACCUCAGCAGCAACCUCAGCAGCAACGUGCUGUUGCUGCUGCGACGCAGGACCGGUGUCCUGCUGGGCCACACACCAAAUUUCCUCUGCGGCAACUUUCUGUUGUCCUCACGCGGCUUCAGCCGCAACUUGCUGUUGUUGCUGCUGCUGCUGCUACCGAAUCUCCUCAGCAGCAAUCUCCUUAA